CCGUCUUGCCUCCACUCCAUCUCGAGGGGCUUCUCUCGUUUUUCUGACUUAGGCGCCUUACACUCCAGGCGAUUAUUCAUUGUGCCUGUAGCUUUUGGGCCCUCGCUCUUGGCACAUUCCUGACCCAGGACAAUCUUGUCGAAGGCACCUCUUUGCCCUGCCUCCCCAACAACUGGCUGUGUCAAACAUGUCGGACGACACGACAUUUCGCGUAUCCCCGUAUGCGCCUGCUAACGAAACGGCGUACGACAUUUGGUAUGAGAAGUGUAAUCUAGACGGCGCCAUCCUUGCGUCUGUUGCAUACGGUGUACAUGCAACACUUUUUUUCUCCGCAGCAACAGCGCUUUGGGAGCAGCGUCGCUCGACGCCGCGACGGACGUGGGCCCUGCUCGCGUACAUAAGCGCUCACUUCAUUAUGGGCACCAUCGCAUUCGGCCUCAAUGCCAAGUUCAACGAGAUGACGUUCAUCGACAAUCGCGACUUUCCUGGAGGGCCGAAUGGGUAUUUCAUUGCGGAGCAGGAUAACUGGGUGCAAUUUGUGAACUAUGUUCUCUAUAUCGUCAUUGCGUGGUUGCAAGACGCGCUGUUGAUUUACCGGUACUAUGUCUUCUGGAACGAAAAUCGCUGGAUGCUCAUCGUCCCUUGUUGCCUCUACCUCGUCUCCAUCGUGAUGGGCAGUCUGACACUCGCGCAAAUCAACACGCCCACGUCGGGCGUCUGGGCGGGGACGACGGUCAAUUUCUUCACGGCGUUUUGGGCGGUCGAGAUCACGACAACGAUCUUCCUCACGGGCCUUAUCAUCGGGCGCCUACUCUGGAUGCGCCGUCGCAUCCGCCAAGUCGUCGGCACACGCCACCAGACGCCGUACCUCAGCGUCGCGGCGAUGCUCGCCGAAUCAGGGAUUAUGUUCUCGGUCGGAGGGCUUGUAUUCGUGAUCAGCUACGCGGCGAACAGUCCGUUCCAGAAUAUGGUGUUGAAUAUGGUCGGGCAGAUUCAGUCGAUCGCACCAGACCUGAUCAUCCUUCGCGUUGCCCGUGGGCAGGGUCUCACACGCGCGAAGCUCGACGACGCGUCGAUGACGCUGAAGAACUCGUCGGCCGGCAGCGGUCGUCACAAGCCCAUGCAUAGCGGCGGUGGCGGUUCCCUCUCAGUGCCGAUGAGCACGUUCCAUGCUGCGUCGGGAAAGCGUCACAGCGACUCGUUUUUCACGGAGACAGCGAAUUACGACACGACGCUCGACCCUGUAAGCGAGACUAUGUUUAUCCCGCCUACUAUCGUGGAACAAGAGACGGACGGAAAGAGCUCAGUGAUGCUAAUUGGACAUGCGGCAUAAAGCUAGUGUGCUCGCGGUUGGCUGAGGUGCUGAUACCCUCGAGAGAUGCUGUUUUUGUGAUAUGGACAGAGUUGAUGCGUUAUCUCUUUUGCAUUAUUUAUUGAAUCAAGACCCGCUUCCUUCGUGGAUACAUAGGCUUCCAAUGCUACGCCAGAAUACUCAUACUGUCGUUACCGUACUGCACAGUCCCCUGUGAUGGAAUGUUUACAGAUCACGAAUUUGCCUGUUGGUACUUCUCAGCAGCAUCAUACACUGCCGUCCAGUCUUUGCAUACGUAGUCUGUUCUGAAUUCGACCGUGUGUGGCUGAUCGAAGAAGGGUGUUAUAGCAGGCUCCAGCUUUGAGUCCGCGAGGCACAAUAUCGACUGCCGUAGAUAGUUUAGACAAUGUCUGCCGAGAGGCGUUUCGCGCCGUCGCUCGGCGUAGUCCUCGCGAAGGACCUCAAGGCAGCGGAGCUGGUGGAAGAGCGUGACGGUGUAUGGCACUUUCUCCAUAGUACCGUUUGGUCCGUCAAGCGGCACGGACACAGUGUGCCCACCAGACGGGAGUAGUGAGAGAAACUCGGCCGAUGACUGGGUCUCAUUCAUCUGCAGGCGGGCCGUGUUGUGCAUCGUCAUACCCACGGGGCGGCUGCGUGCGACACCGUCGGUGAGGCGGUAACAGGCAGGUUUGAAUGGUGAUAAGUGACACUCAUUAGCUGUCGCGAUUUCAUGCGAUGCGCGCGUGUUGAGAGCGAGAAGGACGAAGAGCAGCGUGACAAGAGCAGCGGCGACCGAGAUGAGGGGCCGCUUCGUCGCUAGCUCGGUAAUGGUCAUGCCAGAGACCUAUCGGAACAAUGGUGCAUGAGUCUUUUGUGACCAGGUGAGAACUUUGUGUGGGCAAGGACCCACGCAGCAGAGCGACCAGGUGCAAUGGUGAGAUGAGCGCGCUUUAUGCGACAACCUGCUCAAAAGUUUGCCAGCUACUAGGAGGCCUAUCGGCGUUGGUGGAAAGCGU